CCUGGACACUCCUGGCUCGCCCACGGCCUCUGCGGUUUCGCUCUCAAACCUGCAUCCGCUGCCGCCGGGGAAGCCGCGCCGGCCCCAAAUCGCUGGCAAUGCUGACGGCUCCGGGCUGUCGUGUCGGACGUGUUGGGCAGGCCAUCCCUUCUGCAGGGCAUCUCCUGGUCUCCUGGGCCGCGGCAUCGUCAAUUCACUCCCGCACCUCAUUGAGGCCCAAUCGAGACAAGUCAGCCACACCUGCAGGUGCGCCGACAGUCGCAUUCAAAGUCCUUACCUCGUCGCCCCCGUCGAUCCGCACGUCGUAGCCCUGUUGGAUUUACCCGUCCCUUUUCGUUCUGACCUCUUCCACUGGUCAUCUUCGGUCCUGCUCGACCCACUGUGUCAUCCAAUGCCCGACGCCUCCCGCAAUCAUUGCUUGACAGCCACCACCCUCCCCUGCCAACCAACCCCCCCCCCGAGCUUCGAGUCUUUCCCCACGCUAAUUGGUCUUCUCAGCCGUUACUUCUUCUGGACGCUGUCUGUGACUCUGGGUUCCACUAACGUGCAUGCCGAAGGACGUCCAAGCUACCACCUGUACGGCGCCCACCUGAGUUUCACGCUCCGAUUCGGAUACUUUAUCAACGCUCAGCCCAGGAGGCUCCGUCCUGGACAUCAUUCUCUUGGCUUUCUAGCGCACUUGACCUGGACUUAUUCCUUCUUCCCUAUUUGUCAAUUAUUCACUCUUCUCUAA